UUGGUUAUGUACUGACUGACUGGAUCAAACUCUCAAGUUUGCACCACCGCUCCUCCUCUAUACUUCUCCUAUAUAUAUAUAUAUAUAUAUACAUGAGGAGUAUAUGAUAUAAACAAGUACCGUACGGCCUCAAGAAUCGAUCACACACAUUUCAAGUUAUAAACACCAUGGCAAAGAUUGUGCUCCUCGUCCUGCCCUUGCUCUCCCUGCUGCUGCCCUUGCUCUUUUGGUGUGUCGCCCAGGCCCAGCUGGCCAAGGAGUUCUGCGUGGCCGACCUGGCCAGCAGCGACACGCCGGCCGGCUACCCGUGCAAGCCCCAGGCCGCCGUCACCGCCGACGACUUCUACUACCGCGGCCUGGGCACCACAGGCCCGACCGUCAACCCGUUCAAGAUCAGCUUGUCCUCGGCCUUCGUCACCAGCUUCCCCGGCGUGAACGGGCUGGGCAUCUCCGCCGCGCGCGUCGACUUCGCGGUGGGAGGCGUGGUGCCGCUGCACUGGCACCCGGCGGCCACGGAGCUCAUCUUCGUGGUGGAGGGCACCCUGUCGUGCGGCUUCAUCAGCGCCACCUCCAACAACAGGGUCUACACCAACACCCUGUACAAGGGCGACAUCAUGGUGCUCCCGCAGGGCCAGCCGCACUUCCAGUACAACCUCGGCAACACCACCGCCGUGGCGCUCUCCACCUACAGCAGCCCCAACCCCGGCGUCCAGACCCUCGACUUUGCGCUCUUCGCCAACAACCUCCCGUCGGAGGUGCUCACCAAGGUCACCCUCCUCGACGACUUGCAGGUCAGGAAGCUCAAGGCUCUCUUCGGCGGCACCGGCUGAGCCAUCCUCUUCUCCAUCUAUCGUGUACCGGUCGAAUUCAACUUGAAUUGGUCGUGCUUGUUGUUCUCCGGCUUGAUCUACUUUAUUCUAUCAUCUUUUAGAUUAUUUUA